AUGGCUGCCAAACGAAAGGCCGCCGCAAUGGCCUCUACCGAAGACGACGAACCCAUCGAUCCCUCGGAUGAGCUCGUGUUUAUUGGCCUGGGCGGGUGUCAAGAGGUUGGCCGGUCAUGUCACAUUCUGCAGUAUAAGGGCAAAACAGUCAUGCUCGAUGCUGGCAUGCACACUGGUCGCGAAGGAAUGUCAGCGAUGCCUUAUUUUGACGAUUUUGAUCUCAGUACUGUCGAUAUCCUAUUGAUCAGCCAUUUCCAUCUCGACCAUGCAGCCGCCCUCCCUUACGUGCUCGCAAAGACAGAUUUCAAAGGCCGAGUCUUCAUGACGCAUCCUACGAAAGCCAUAUAUAAAUGGCUUAUUCAGGAUUCAGUGCGAGUGAGCAACACUUCUUCAACAUCCGAUCAGAGAACUUCAUUAUACACUGAAGCCGAUCAUAUCUCGACACUUCCUCAGAUUGAAACAAUUGACUUUUACACGACACACACAGUUUCUGGGGUCAGGAUAACACCAUAUCCUGCUGGCCAUGUCCUUGGAGCCGCGAUGUUCUUGAUUAACAUUGCUGGACUCAAUAUUUUCUUUACUGCCGAUUAUUCCAGGGAACAAGAUCGCCAUCUUGUUGCGGCCGAAGUGCCAAAUACAGCUACCGUUGGCAAGAUUGACGUCCUGAUCACUGAAUCCACCUUUGGCAUAUCAAAUGCCCCACCUCGUGCAGAAAGGGAGGCCGCCUUACUCAAGUCUAUCUCCAACAUUCUCAAUCGUGGGGGCAAGGUCUUAAUGCCUGUAUUCGCUCUUGGUCGGGCACAGGAACUUUUGCUGAUCUUAGAGGACUACUGGCAGCGACAUCCAGAGUUACAGAAGAUCCCAAUCUACUACACGGGAAACACUGCACGAAAAUGCAUGGUUGUUUAUCAAACGUAUAUCAAUGCGAUGAACGACAACAUCAAAAGGAUAUUCCGAGAACGUAUGGCAGAGGCUGAAGCUGCCGGAAAUGCCAAGGGUGUCAGCGCCGGGCCGUGGGAUUUUCGAUUCGUACGAAGUUUGCGGAACCUGGACAGAUUUGAUGAUGUGGGGGGGUGCGUUAUGCUGGCCUCGCCAGGUAUGCUCCAGUCAGGAAUGUCUCGAAUUUUGCUAGAGCGGUGGGCUCCCGAUCCACGAAACGGAGUGGUUAUGACUGGUUACAACGUUGAAGGCACCAUGGCCAAGACAAUCCUAGGGGAGCCAGAAAUGAUCCCUGCCAUCAUGAGUGGUGGUCAUACCGGUGUUGGGCAGACGAUGGGUCGGAAAUCCAAAGAUGAAGUCGCCGCGGUGAUGAUCCCGCGUCGAUGUACAGUGGAAGAGUUUCAGUUCGCAGCACAUGUGACCGGUGUGGAGAAUGUUGAGUUCAUUGAACAAGUGGCUUCACCUCACGUUAUCCUGGUCCACGGCGAACGAUAUCAAGCCGCGAGAUUGAGAUCAAGAUUACUAGACCUCAAUUCUCGGAGGCUUGCAAGCAACCCGAACGCCCAACCCACCAAGGUCUACAGUCCAGAGAAUGGAGCCGAGAUCAAGAUACCGUUUCGAAAAGACAAAGUGGCCAAGGUGGUCGGCAAGCUUGCUCAGAUCCCGCCUCCGAGUUCGAUCGAAGACGAUCCCAGAGUCGUCCGUGGAGUCUUGGUGCAGAACGGCUUCAAAUUGAGUCUGAUGGCACCUGAAGACCUCCGAGAAUAUGCAGGCCUUACGACCACAACCAUACUGUGCCGCCAACAUAUCACUCUUGCAGCAGCUGGUGUCGAACUCAUUCGAUGGGCGCUCGAGGGUACCUUUGGUAGUAUUGAGGAGGUGGGUGAAGCCGAGCGUGAAGUCAAUGGCCAUUCGGACUCGCUCGUCAAGCCGAAUGGUGUCAAAAACGAAGAGGAAGCCGACGAGGAGAUCAUGACGGAACCGCAGCGAACGUUCCUCAUCAUGGGUUGCGUGAAGCUCAAAUGGUCAGGGCGAGAAAAGGAAAUUGAAUUGGAAUGGGAAGGGAACACAGUGAAUGACGGAAUCGCGGACGCUGUCAUGGCGGUGUUGAUGACUGUGGAAAGCAGCCCAGCAGCGGUCAAAUAUUCGUCAUCGAAGAGCGAUCACAGCCACGUGCAUGAGCACAAGGGCCUGCCUCGUAACGAACAUAAGAACAUCAGCACCGAGGACAGAUUUUCCCGGCUCUGCAUGUUUCUUGAGGAACAAUUCGGAGAUAAUGUCGUACCAAUCGAGAAACCUAAAGUCUCGUAUCAACCCGACGGCAAAGCAACCGAUGCGGAGGCUAAAGAGGAGAGCUCAGAUGAAGAGGACGUUGAAAGUGCCGAGAUGGCUGAACGGGCAAGACUUGCAGCAAUGGGAAUACCAGUUCCCGGGCUUGAAAUUCGCGUGGACAAGAACGUUGCAAAGCUCUGGUUGGAAAACUUGGAGGUUGAAUGUGGUAAUGCCGUUCUACGAGACCGGGUGAAGGCCGUGGUCGAAAGAGCCGUCGAGACUGUUGCGCCUCUGUGGGCGGCCCAAAGACAAGCAAAUGCACAAGUGGUUUGA